AUGUCUAGCGCAAUCCAUCACAGGAUGUUGGCGUGCCCAGACCCUCACUUUUGGGAAAUUCAAACACAUUGGCCAUCUAACAUUUGCAACAAAUAUAUGGGGGAUAUGGUUGUGGAAUAUUUCCAACGAAAAUUCGACAAAAACGAUCCAUUCGGCAAUUAUAAGGUUCUCUCAUAUAAGGAUGGAGGCCGAUUCGAAUUCGUUCAUUACCCUUUCUUCGUUCUGCAAUACGAUGAGAGGAGGGAAGUUUACAAACCAUACUACUUUGAAUACAUAGAGGAGGAGGACAAGAUAACAAAGAAGUCCACUCGCAAAAUAGGUCCGUUGACCGAAGAGGAAUUCACAACUAAAUAUAACCAUUGCAAAAGGUGGUGA